AUGCAUCAAUUAAUCGAAAAGGAAAAUCGAGAAAUAAUAGAUGAAUUUUGCAUUCCGAACAAUGUAAACUGGAAUUUUAUUCCUCCGUUAUCCCCUCAUAUGAGAGGACGUUCACUAUGGGAGGCCCGCGUGAAAUCAUGCAAAUUUCACCUAAAGCGUGUUAUCGGAGAAAGUCUGUUAACGUUCGAGGAAUUAAGUACAGUAUUAAUACAGUUUGAGGCAUGUUUGAAUUUGCGUCCGAUUUGUCAGUUGCCAUCAACAGCCUUAGAUCUUCAACCUCUUACACCGGGACAUUUUUUAAUAGGUGGUCUGUUGGUUGCUCUUCCAGACAUCGACGUGACCGAUGUGCCAAUUAAUCGAUUCGAUCGCUGGCAAGCGGCUCAGAGAAUUGCGCAAGAUUUUUGGAAACAAUGGAGCAGAGAGUAUUUGACCUCUCUGCAAGGUAAAACUAAAUGGACUAGCGAGCGAAAUAAUUUGUCAAUUGACGAUAUUGUUAUGACACAAGACAAUAAUGCGCCACUAUUGAGGUUGAAAUUAGGAAAGGUCAUCGAAACCCAUAAAGAAACCGACAAUAAAGUACGCAUCGUAACUUUCAAAACAGCCAAUGGAACUUGUAAGCGAUCCAUUAACAAAUUGUGCAAACUUCCAGUAUCCGAUGCAUCCGUGCAUCCACGUCCAUUAUAA